CAUAGGUUGGAACUUGGAACAGGCAGACAGAGUGGGUUUCUAUUUUAAUCGGCAAGAUGGAGACAUGAAGCAUAUUCCUCUUCGCAGCAUCACAACAUAAAAUAGACAACAUGAAACCCGCUGCUUUAGCGUUCUACGGUUGUGCAUUAGGACUUUUAGGACUGGGGCUUAGGGAAUUACUUCUUGGUUUCGAGGAAAACAGGUGUAGCAUGACAUAUAUGUUCGAGUACCCCGAAUACCGGCGUGUCCAGCUGCCUCGAAGAGUGGCCCGUCUGUAUCCAGCUUAUGGACUCUACCUGUAUGGAGAGGGAGUGUACGCUCAGGAGACGAGGGGCCUCAAGCUUAGCGGAGCCCCAGUGCUCUUUUUGCCAGGGAAUGCUGGCAGCUACAAACAAGCUCGUUCCCUCGGCUCAGUGGCGUUGCGGAAGGCAGAGGGGCUGGAGGGUGGUGUCCACUUAAACGUGUUCACUAUAGACUUCAAUGAGGAGCUGGUGGCGCUGUAUGGAGGAAGCCUGCUCAGGCAGACCCGCUUCCUGCACGAGAGCAUCAAGGCCAUCCUGCGCCUUUACAAGGAGCAACCAGACCCCCCUACUAGUGUGGUGUUGGUGGGACACUCCAUGGGAGGUGUUGUGGCCCGAGCUCUGUUCACUCUGCCCAGGUUCAACCCACGUCUGGUCAGCCUCAUCAUCACGCAGGCGUCCCCACACCAGGCUGCAGUGCUCACACUAGACCCGUACUUACUGGAGUUCUACUCUGCUGUCAGACGGCGAUGGAUCGCUGGAGCACAAGACCUCCGGAACGUGACGGUGCUCUCUGUCGGGGGCGGUUACCGUGACUACCAGGUGCGCUCCGGCCUCACAGCCCUGCGAUGCCCCAUGGCUGACCCCAACAAGCUGUCCCUGGUGGCCACUGCUGUACCAAGGACCUGGGUGUCUACAGACCACCUGUCUAUAGUCUGGUGUAAGGAGCUGGUUCUGGCAACAGUGAGGGCUUUCAUUGACCUCAUCGAACCUGAGACUGGCCAGUUCACAGAUGACACUGAGACGAGGCUCUCCGUCCUGAAUUAUCACUUCAUCAGACACCCAGUGCAGGUGCCUGAUGAGAAACCAGAGCCUGUAGUCACCUUUACAGCCCCACCUGAGGCCUGGAGUGAAGUGAACACUCUCCGCCUCUUCUACAGUGCCCCUAAGGAACCCCAGGUGAAGCACUUCCUGUUUGCCCUCUCCAGCCGCAGGAAAGCCUACAGCCAUUUCUACUGUCGAAACAGCAACUUGGAGAUGACCAGCUGGCUCUAUGGCUGCACAGAAAUGAAUGGUUCUAUGUGUCUGCAGGCGGUGGAUCUGUCAUGGAGGACGGAGCUUCUCCCGUCUUACAAGGCACUGACUGUUCGAGUGAGCGAGCUAUCCUCAGUCUCCAAUCUGGUCAUCAUUGCCUCCAACCCUAGUGGCAACCAGUUUAUUAUCGAGUGUGAGUGGCAGAGGGAGGAGUCUCAGACCAUUCCCUUAGCUGUGCCUCAUGUGCUGUCCUUCGGCCUGACUGUUAGUGAUGUGACCAUCAACUCCACUGGGCUUCUCCACACAGUUCAGCUGCAGCAUUUUCACCAGGUCUACCAGGCAUUCAGAAUCACAGUUGUGAGCCAGUGCAAGGUGAGCAAAGAACGACUGCCCAGCGUUUACAGACUCAAGGUCCCCUGGUUCAGAGAGGACUCCUUCACUACUGCAAGCAUCCCCUCUAUAACUGAGAUUUCUGGAAUGCUUCAUACAAGUCGUCCCGUCAACACCUCAAGUGCCCGCUUGUUGCUUCACACUGCCCCUAACUGCCAGUAUAAGGUAUCAGUGAGGACCUCCUUCCCCAAAGUGCUUGGACAGGUUCUGCGCUUCUGUGGCCCGGUGCUGCCAGUCUACUUGGCCGUGACUCUGCUCCUGUCCCUGGGGGUGCAGGUGGGCUCCAUCAGCCAGGUGGGGCGACCUGUGGGGAUGGGCGAGGCCAUGAGCAAGGCCCUGAGGCCGCACAGGCUGGAGCUCCCCAUCUACCUGCUGCACCUGCUCCUCAGGCAGAGCUGGUUUGAAGAGGUCUGGGUGUCUCUCGGCCUCCCUGCGGUGGACACCCUGCCGCUCACCCUGGCAGAGAACACCGUCCAGAACACCACGGUGCCCACCGAGGACUGGCCCCGUCUCCUGGCCCCCGUCUUGUGCCUGCUGGGGGCCACUGUUGCAUUCUGGGGCAGCAUAGUGAUGCGAAUGGGCCUGCGCCUGCUCUCCUUCUUGCUGGCUCCCUUGCACAGGCCCUCGGUCUCUCUGGACUGUGGAACCUUCCUCCCACAAACUCAGGUCUUCUUCAUCCUGGCCUUGUGUGCUUUGGGCAGACUUACCUGCGGGGCUUUGUCUGUCACCGUGGCCUUCAUGUUCCACUUAUAUCGGGUGCUAAGGUUACAGAUGACUCUGCGGUCAUUACGCCAUGUUCUGAACCUGGCUCCUCAGAAGAUAUCCCCAGAGAUGGAGAAUGGUUAUGGGGCUGGUGGAUGUCAGAGGCAGCCUAAAGAAUGUAACGGUGGCCCCCUGCUGACCCAGUCAGUGCUACAGGAAGUCAGAGACGACCUCCAACUACACCUGAGUCUGUCAGCUCUGCUCACAGUACCCAUGAUGCUCUGUGCCCCGUCACUCAUUUAUUGGUUCCGCAACCUCAGAUACUCAGUGCACCUGGACCCGGAUCCCUGCUGGCCACACACACUACCCCUGCUCAUGGCCACUGUGCUGCUCAUCAACUGCAACGCUGUCAAGCUCAGUCACAGUAAAAUUCUCAGACUGACCUCCCGGCUGUUGUUGCCCCUGUGCAUUGCCAUGGUGACGUUCUCCUCCCUUCACCUGUAUCGAGUCACUCAUUUCCUCUCUGUGGCUCUGGGCUUUUUGGCUAUUUCCUGUUACCUCUGACAGCUCCCGACUGGGUCCAGUCCCAAACCCGUCCGCAGGUAUAACCCAUCCCGGACAGCCUUACAAUGUGUGUUACUACUCCCACCCUGAAGGGGGAGACAGUGACUCCACUUCGGAAGACCCAUGCCGUGCAAUCUUACCAAUGGAGUCUCAACAGGGUAUUCCUGUGUUAGCCAUACUGAUCUGUGUUUCUGAUUGUGCUGUGGGGUGUGGUGGGCAUUAGUAUUGUGUUUUGUGUUGUUUCCUUGUUGUUUGGGUUCUCUCUCUAUCACACUGCAGUUUCUUUUAGCUGACCUGAUGUUCUGUCUGUCUCUGUCUAUUGUUCUUGUUGUGUACUUGUCUAUUCUGUCCCAUCCCCACAUGCGCCUUAACAUAAAGCUCAAAUUGAGAUAGGGGAUGAGAUAAAUACAUAGUUUAUGUAAUGCUGCCAGUGUUCUCCCUGCAGCACACUCAUACAAUGUGGAACAGUGCAUCCAUGUCAUAGUGGAUUCAUUGCCAAAAAUGACCCAUAGAAAAUCCUAAUCAUCACUCGACAGCCACGCUUUCUUUUUUAAAGGGAGAAUUUUCUGCUGGCUUUUUUACGCCUACUGUGUAAUGAGAUUAAUGUCACAGGUUUACUGCUAGCACCUGACCCGUGAGAUUUGAGAACUUGAACCUGGUCAGAUCAGUGUCAUAGUUUGCCAGAACAUUCAGUCAAGCUAGGAAAUGGCCAGGAGUCUCAAGGCUCCUCAGCUCCGCUCCAUCUACAGACCCAUCGCGUAUGCAGGGCAGAUGCCUUGGACCGUGUGUGUGCCCACCACUGUUAGUAUGACAUAUGUGUCACGAAUGCUGUGCAUCUACAUCAUUUAGUGCUUGAAUAGAGUACUACUUAGAGAUCAUAAAGGGUAAGAAUAUCCACUUUACCAGCUGGUACAGCCAUGGUGCUGGCCUACUGUAAGUAGUGAUUACUAGUGUGUGCUAUUAGCAGUAAUUACUGACAUGUGAGGGCGGUGGCUCUCACACCUGCAAGGGAAUGUCUAUCCUGCUCACGUCUGAAUGAUCAGGGCACUGACAAGCAAUGUAGCUACAGAAUGUUGCCAUAGCAGCUGAUCCUUGUUCGUUAUUGGGACGGCGGAGAACACUAAUCCGUCACCCUGUACCCACACAAUGUACUGUUUGUGGUGCCGAGUUAACAUUUAUGAGUGUGUUUGUGUGUGUGGGGGGGGUGAAGGUGGGAGGGUUGCAAUUAUUCCCAUUUCAGUUUGGGAUUUGAUACUGUAUAACCUUGGUUGUCAUGUCACUGUAGUGGGGGUAGAUUGUCAGUUUAAACUACUAAUGCACCGCUCACCAGCACCACCUGUCUUCACUAUUAGAUCUGUGUUCCACUUGACGUCCUUAACAAAUUAACCAUGGCCGCGGAUUAAGAAUGUUUCCCCCCAGUGAUUUAUGGUCUGGAUGGGCAAGAGGUCAUGCUAAAAAAACACUUGGGAAAGACAGUGAGUUGGCAGAGCAUUCCCUGAACAAAACAACUAGUGCCUUGCUACAAUCAGUCCCAUGUGGUUUGCUUGAGCGCAUCUCUCUCCUGUUCCUGGCCCACCCAACAGAUUUAGUCAUAGAUAUCACAGGAUGGCCGGUGUGAGCACAACGAGGUCUAAUAAAUGACCAACCAGUGUGAUAUAUGGUCAGGAUUUACUUAUAGCAGGUGCAGAGUCUUCUGUAAAUCGUCUUGUACUGUAAGUUUAACCCCGGCUUUGGUGUCAAAGAGUGUUUCAGAGAUGUUACCAGUAACAGGACUGAAAGAACUCUUAACGGUGUGUUAAAAUCAGGGUGUGUCUCAAUGUUCCGUGACUCGAUAAGCCAAAAAUAUCUGUCAGGAUUCAUAGAUUUUACAACAGCAUCCCUCGUUUUAAAUGUGAACAAUACCAGAAGAGAAAAAUCCAUAAAAGAUGCAGAAACUGUUUGUGAACAUUGGGAAACACUUUUCUUUUUAUGAUACCUUUUAUCUUCUGAAUCAUUGGUAGAGGUCUAGAAGCAUCUUCUUCAGCAACAAGAACGCAGUACUUAACUUAAUAAGCUGGUAUAGUUCUCGCUUCCUGGACCAAACUCCGCUGUCACGCUCCUGUUGAAGACACACUCCCGUGCCACCUGCACUGUGAUUGUACCUGUACCUGCACCUGUUCGUUUGUGAGUGUGUGUGUGUGUACUGAUGUGGUGAUGGCACACGAUAUUAGUGACUUGCGCCAUCUGCCUAGCGAGUGUUUGUGGAUAUCGUCCGUCUCUUAGUGUGAGGUGCGGUUAUUUUCUGUGCUUUGAAGUGCACAUAUUCUGACUCGUUUCGAGUUGUGAGUCCCGAUGUGAUUUAUACGAUGUUAACACUUUGGUACGUAGGCUCUUCUUUGUGGUCAAAGUGAUGGAGAAAUGGACAUACGUUUUUGGAUCAAACAUGAUUUUUUUUACAAUUAGUGUUCACUGUGAUGUGUUGUGAACUUCCAGGAGCAAUUUUUACAGCAUCGUCUGUUUGUUCCUCUGCCCUGUAAGAGGAGGCUUAUCGAGACAUGUUGAGCUUUGUGGCAAAAAUACAGUCUUAAGCGAUGUCUAAUAAUACAGAAUAGAUGUUUUUUCUGUGGUAGAUGUUCUGUUGCAGGUAGAGCUCUUCAUGGACUAUGACCUGUGUAUUAGCCUCUAAUGCUUACUCAGCUUUGACUCCUUGUUCAUGGGCGUUAAUAUGGGCCUAGAGCAUAAUGUAACACAAGCACGUUUUGUCAUCGUUCAGCCGUGCUGAACACAACCAUGUGUGCACGCUGACUUUGACUAAAACAUUGCAGCGACUGUUUCUGACUCCUCCCGAUCCUACACUCCUCCAUCACUACAGUACAACUGACUCACUAAUCAACCAAACGUCUGUGUUUUUAUUAAUGGUGUUACUGCUUUUUUCCAAGUACACUUCCUUGCACUACAAACUGCUGUCACUGUCUAGUAUACUGCUCUGAGUAUCACAGAAGCGAACAGAUGUGGCUCCAGCGAGAUGGCAUUAAAUUCAUUUGUAAAUACAUUAUGACCAGGCAAACAGAUGUUUGUGCAGGCAUUUUUACUUUGGUAAUUAGUACAAGUGCGAGCAAGUACAAGUGCUUGGUGUGAAUACACUGUAAGAUGUUUAAGUACAGUGAUGAAUGUUGAUUUAGUAAUGUCAAAUAGUGUAUCCAUCGUAGAUGGUGACUUGCCUAAGCAUCACAUGUUUCUCUAAAGGAAACCUUUAACAAUGUGGAAUACAUCUUCUACUUGAUUUGUGGUUUUAGUAUUUUGAGAGUUUCUUUGCUUUAUUUUGAAAAGGGAUUUUAUCCAAGCAACCUGUAGAGGUAAGCAUAGCUUAGUUUGUUUACCUGACCAGAGAACGGCCUGAUCUGCUGUCCCCAUCAGUAAGCUACCUACGUCUGCUACAGCUCUGGUAUGACCCAAGUGUGGUUAGUCAUGCCAGAGACAUUAUAGGAGGUCAGGCAUCCCCUACCUGCAGUGCCAAGUAUGCAAUACAUAGCCAGUUGCAUCCAAUUAAAAUAUAUCCUGCAUACUAUGACCAUGGCACAGGGAUUCCUUCUGGUUCAUUUUUUAUUUCAUACUCAUUACUGUAAGGCCAAUGUUCCCAGUGUCAGUAGCUUGACACGUGUUUCUGACCCUACAGACCAUUCAUGUCUUCAACCACCUUGGCAUUUUUUCUUGCUGUGUGUAUUAUCGAAGUGUUUAUGGCUAGCUACCUGGUUCACUGUAUACUCCCGAGUCUUUUAUUAUUUGUCUAAUGGACAUUAACUACAAUGUUUUAAGACAGAUGCUUGGUGGUGGAAAUGGUCAGGUCCAGCAUUACUGCCUAUUACUGCCCUUGUUAUUGUCUGGUUUUAUAUAAUAACUGAGUGGCCCAAAUGGCAUUCUCAAUUCUCAGGUUUAAAUACUGUCACAAGGAAGAGAUUGGUUGGUGUUUUAUAUGAUGUUCAGAUAAAAAAAAAAAAAAAAGGUUAUUACAUUUAUCAGAAUGUUGUGCUAUUUGUGAGCACUGUUACUGUUAAAAUAAAAAAUAAAAAAAGUCUGUGUAUGAAAGUUCUUCUGCUACACUCAACACAAGCACUGUACUCUUCUAGAACAAUCUAGCCUUCCUUUGGCGUCCUUUUUUCCUGAAGCUCUUGCAUUGGAUGCUAUUCGUGCAUAGAAUAUCCUCUGUGGUAUAUGUGCCCUGAAAUAUGAAAAGGAGAUGAUCACAAUAACAUUUCCCAGAAUAUUUUGUUCUAUGGAAUUAGAUUAUUUUCUUAUUUGGGAAUGUGUUUUUUGCCCCUGCACAUGGCUAGAUUUCCAGAUAUUUAAUGUAAAAGGUGCCUUCUACUCCAAGGUGAUAUAACUUAAACAUAACAUUAUCAUAGUCUGUUGUUCUACCUAAAACUGAUCUCGGAAGUUGCCUGGUAGAUGCUGCCAUAACACAGCUCUGUUGCUGCAUUACUUUGCCAAAGACACACUAACUUUCUAUCCUAUUUAUUUGAACACUGCAAAGUAUUAAUCACUUGAUGAAACUAUUAUUCACUCAUCUUAUGGACAUGUAUGUAAUAUAUAGAUUCAAGAUUUAACUUAGUUCUCAUUUAAUCUUUUUUUACUGAGGGCACAACUUCUCACUUCAUAUUUGUUUAAAAAUAUUUUCCAAUCUUGGCCUAUCUGUAACAGUUCAUAAUCCUCCUUUAUGGAAUAUAAGGUUUAUUUAAUAACUUACUUUGUGUCUUUUGAUGUGAUUUUUAAAAUGUUAGUCAUCCAGGGAGA